AUGUCGAAGCAGCAAAAGGUCACUCCAUAUCAAGAGCGAGUCUAUACGGCCCUCCAGAUGAUCCCAGAAGGACGCGUCACGACCUACGCCGCGAUUUCAAAAGCCUUGAACAGCUCCCCUCGUGCGGUGGGUGGCGCGCUGCGCGUAAAUCCGUUCUGUCCAGAGGUUCCGUGCCAUCGAUGUAUCGCCAGUACUGGUUUCGUUGGCGGGUACAAGGGUGACUGGGAGAAGGCACCCAGCGGGCAGAACCAGGACUCGAAACUAAAGUUGCUAAAGGAAGAAGGGGUCUUGUUUGAUACCGAUGGGUUUCUGGUAGAUAAAACCUUGCUGUGGGAUGAAUUCAACGUGGAGAAGUUGAGGUAA